AUGGUCCACACGCAUGGAGUUCGGCGGAUUGUGGAAGCGACGGUGGAGAAGUGUGCUGUCACUGAUGGUAGUAGCUUCGAGCUGCUUCUUUCGCGGCUGGCUGCUGGGCUUCGGGCUUUUGCCAGAGAAGAAGGCAAGCGAGUGAAAGCGACGGUGACUCAUCUGGUGGAUGAGGUGGCGGAGCUCCGUCAGGAAAUGAUGCAGGAUCCGUCAUGCAAGGCAACAAGUGCACGGUUAGCUGUGAAGGAGGCGCAACUGCUUGAAUAUCAGGCGUCAAGAAAGGACAAGCUAUUCCUGAUGUCUGGCAUGCGGACGGAGCUCCGGGGGGAGGUGGCAUCAAAGCAUCUGACGGCGUUGGUGCAGGCUAAGAAAGCGAGUACUCAGAUUGCGGAGUUGCAAACGGCGUCAGGGGUCGUUUCCGAUUCUCAAGGCAUUCUUCGCGCGGCAUCGGAAUUCUUCGCAGAUAUCUUCGGGCGGGACCUGUGUCAGCUGGAUGAUGACUGGCGUCCUGCGUUGGAUAAGAAGCUGAGGAGCUGGGAAGCAGAAGAGCUGGCGGCAGACUGGACGGAAGAAGAAGUUAAAAAGGCUUUCAGUGCGAUGGCGGCGAACAAGUCCCCGAGGAAAGAUGACUUCGCAUCGACAGCAAUUCUCUCAACGGAGGUGAAGGAGGCAGUUACGAUAUUUAUGCACAAAAAGGGGGAUAAGGACCAGCUUAACAACUACUGCCCCAUCACUCUCCUCAACUUCACUUACAAGGUGCUGGCGAGAGUUGUGGCUGACAGGAUGAAGAAGUUUCUGAGGCGGGUGAUCUCACCGGAGCAGUAUGGUUUUCUCCCGGGGAGGCGGCUGACAGACGCGGUGGGGCCUGUGGCUGAUAUCAUUGACACGGCGCGGAACGACAAUGAGGAUUGGUUCCUCCUCUUGGUUGACUUCAAAAAAGCGUUCGAUUUUGUCUCCCGCGGCUACCUUUUCCGGACGCUUCGGGCUAUGGGGUUCCCUGAACGUUUGGUGCGGUGGGUGGAAGGCCUGCAUGCGGGAACACAGACGCGGCUGUUAGUCAAUGGCUGGAUGGGGGAAGGAGUGGAAGUGGUUUCGGGGGUCCGGCAGGGCUGUCCCCUUGCUCCAUACCUGUUUUUGUGUGCGGUUGAGCCGCUGGCGCAAAUGGUUCUGAAGCGGAAGUUGGGCAUCAGCAAGGCGAGCGAGCGGUUGGCAUACAUCGGGCAUGCAGACGACACCACCCUGGUCCUGGAGGGGAAGCAGCAGAUCAUCAGGGCUGAACAAGUGUUAGCGAAGUUCGAAUUGACCUCGGGGUUAGCGACAAACAGGGACAAGUCGGUCAUCUUACCGUUGGGGAACAAUCUCGGCAGGACGACUGGUCGGGUGAACGGGUUCCGCUGGGCGAAGGCGGAGGAAGCGGAGAAGCUGCUAGGGGUCUGGGUCACUCCUUCGGGAAGCUACCUGCCAACAUGGGAGAAAACUGCGGAGGAUGUGACAGGGAAAGUUAAAAAGUGGCAACAAAAAUUCCUUCCAAUGGCGGCAAGGACGGCGGUGGUUAAUUGUUAUGCGAUGCCCAAGGCAGCGUUUCAGGCGCAAGUCUACCCGCCUCCAGCGAAGCUGUGGGGCACUGUCUCAAAGACCUUCUACAAUUUCGUCUCUGGGAAUAAAGCAACAUCAGACACGGUGUUUCGGCUCUGGAGCAAGGAUCUACUUCACACUCCAAGAAAGUUGGGGGGGCGUGGGCCUGCAUGA